UGCGCGAUUCGCUCCAGACGCAAUCUAAUGUUGUGUUAGAGGUUUGUCUGACUCUCUCUCUCUGCCCAUCACCAUGGCAGACCAGCAGCAAGAGCACCAACGCAAAGGUCCUCCCCUUCAACAUUCAUCAUCUUCUCCAUCGCCAUCUACGGAUCACAUAAACGUAUUCUGGGACGACGGUAUGCUGGACCAUGAGACCGGCAAAGGAGUGUUCGAUACCGGAAUGGACCCUGGUUUUCUGGACGCACUCGAAAAGCAUCCCGAGAACGCCGAUAGGAUCAGAAACAUGCUCUCCAUCCUCAAAAGAGGUCCUAUUUCCCCUUUCAUUUCAUGGCAUCCCUCCAGGCCUGCUCUACUCUCUGAAUUGCGCUCUUUCCAUACUCCAGAAUAUAUCGAUUCCCUACUCGAAGCAGAUAAAAAGGGAGGAAAAACAUUUUGUAGUGGGACAUUUCUGAAUCCUGGAUCAUGGAAUGCUGCACUUCUAGCUGCUGGCACUACACUUUCAGCAAUUAAAUAUAUACUUGAUGGGCAUGCGAAAAUGUGUUUUGCACUGGUUAGGCCUCCUGGUCAUCAUGCUCAGCCUACUCAAGCUGAUGGCUAUUGCUUUCUAAACAAUGCCGGCCUUGCUGUUCAAUAUGCUUUGGAUUCUGGUUGUAAGAAGGUUGCCGUUAUUGAUAUCGAUGUUCAUUAUGGGAAUGGAACCGCAGAGGGAUUCUACCACUCUGACAAAGUUCUUACCAUUUCCCUGCAUAUGAAUCAUGGUUCGUGGGGGACAUCUCAUCCUCAAAGUGGAACUAUAAAUGAGCUUGGUGAGGGAGCAGGAUUUGGCUAUAAUCUGAAUCUACCCUUACCAAAUGGAACAGGGGACAAGGGUUACAAGUAUGCAAUGACAAAGGUGGUUGCCCCUGCUGUUAGAAAGUUUGAUCCAGAUAUGAUGGUUUUUGUUGUUGGCCAAGAUUCAAGUGCUUUUGAUCCAAAUGGAAGACAAUGUUUGACAAUGGAGGGUUAUAGAGACAUUGGGCAGAUAGUUCGCAAUCUAGUGGAUGAUCACUGCAAUGGACGCAUCUUAAUCGUGCAGGAAGGCGGAUAUCAUAUCACAUACUCGGCUUAUUGUCUUCAUGCAACUCUCGAAGGUGUGCUCAAUCUUCCAUGUCCUCUUUUAUCUGAUCCCCUUGCUUAUUAUCCUGAAGAUGAUGCAAUCGCUGUUAAAGCUAUUGAAUCAAUGAAACACUACCAAACACAGGCUGUAUCGUUCCUAAGAGAAACCUAACCAUGAGCUUUUUCUCUACACAUGAAAUGGAUAGCAGGUAUUCUUGUCAUACUUGUAGUUAUAGAUGGCAAAAUGGUAAACCUGCUGCGCCCUUAACCCAUCCCAGUUCUGGUCCCUGCAACCUUUAAGUUGUAACCGGUCCUAGUGGUGGUUCAGUUGCUUUUCCAUUCAGCCAUAGGGACUUAGCAGUCUGAAUGGAUUAGGCCAAAUUGUUGUUCGAUGGUUGUACUAAAUAAAUGAUUUGAAUAACAUAAAUGACUAUUUUAUCUUUCUGUUACCGG